GCCGGUGCAUCGGCGUCUAUGAAAAAGAAGAGCGGGGAGACAUUAGAAUUAGAGAGUAGGGAUCGUACCAGAAGAAGAGUAAAUCACUUGGGAUGGGUGACUGCACCGAGAAGACGGCUAUUGCAUCCGGAUAGUUCGGCGGCGAUAAACACGACGAUCUUUUAGAUCAGGUUUAGAGAUUAGGUCUCGCAAGUCCGUGUCGCUUCUACGUUGAAGCACAUUCGGGAAAAUUCACUGUGAGGACCAUGAUAUGACGAGGAGAAGAUAGCAUGCGGUGGUACCACGUGAAGAAGCAAUGGAGAACACCGCGACUGUCUCGCACCAUCACCUCCGUUUCUUCGGUGCUGUGCUUGCUGUUGAGCUUAGGGUUGCAUCCGUUCGUAGCUGGUAUCACUUUGCUAGACAUGGAAAGAAACGUUGUAGACUUGGUAGAAAAAACUGGUAUGCGACAGAAACCACAAGGAGUAACAGCAAUCGAAAGUCGUUGUCACAGAAACGACACGGUUGCGUACGAAAUCAAGAGCAGCACGUUGUUGAUGAACAAUACGAAUGAUCUGUUCCAUAACGGCAUAUCUCGUGAUUUUUCCAUCUUAGUCGUUGCCAAACCAGAAAUCGGAUAUCCGGCUGCCACGUUGUUUGCCAUCUACAGUGACAAUGUCGAAGAACAGUUGAUGUUGUCAUUGGGCAGUGACAUCACCCUUUAUUACAACACAACCCCGGACGACAAGAGCGAACCGAUUUCAUUUGGAAUUGAUAUCUCCGACGGGAAGUGGCAUCGUUUAGGAGUCAGUAUCAAAGGGGAUGCCGUCACGUUGAUCGUUGAUUGUAAUCAACAAAUUACGAAAGAAUUACGUAGGAAUACGAAGGAGACGAUCACCACCAGUGGCAUCACAAUGAUCGGCCAACAAAUUGUCGACACCGACGUAUACGUGGGUGGUAUAGAGUUGUUGAAGAUCGCCCCAAUUCCAGACGCAGCUUACGAAAUUUGUACGCUUUUCGCGCCGGAUUGCAGGAAUCAGUCGAGAUACUCGUUAGGACAAAGUAAUUACACGAGCGAUCAAACUUAUGGCUAUGCGCCUACAACUUCGUCCAGUUAUCAUGAUCGGUCAGCAACUACUGGUAUCAAUCAGGGAGCACGAAAUUAUGGCUUAUCCGGUGGAACAUCUUCGACCGACAGAUCGUAUUAUGGGACGAACUACAACAAUAACCCCAACUUCUAUAAAAACUAUGGCAGAACGUACACUACGAUAUCUGGUUCGAAUAAUUUUCUCUAUAAUCAAAAUAACACCUCCGGGAAUAGGACAGACGGAUCUUACACGGAGGCAAAUGAAGAAAACAGUCGAGAAGCAUCGAUCGAUGACGACUCGGGAUCAAUUACUGAAACUUAUCUAGAGAAGCAAUACCUUAUUGACAGUACUGGAUCAACUGUGACCGAGGACUACGAGAGAACAAUCCCAGAGAACCCCGAGAAUUCUGAAAAUUCGGUCGGUAGGAGCCCAGGAAUGCAAACAUACCCGGAAACUGCCGAGUCGACGUAUUAUGGUCUCAGCUACUAUAAUACUCGAGGCGCGCCAGGGCCGCGCGGAUUUCCAGGACCUCCGGGCGUAUCUGGAGGACCUGGUAAGAAAGGGGAAGCAGGGAGAGACGGGAUAGCAGGUUUGCAGGGUGCACCGGGCCCGCCUGGCAACGUCUUCGUCAUACCAUCGUUGAGCCAGCAGGGCAACGAGAAAGGCCCAGAUUCGCAAGCGGAGGCUCUGAGGCAAAUGCUGUCGCAGCAUUUGGCUGCUAUGAGAGGAGCCGAGGGACCGACAGGAUUAACGGGUUUGCCAGGUCCCGAAGGACCUCCAGGACCUCAAGGUCAGAAAGGAGAACCUGGCGAAGUCGGCGAAGCUGGACCACGUGGCGAAAGAGGAGUACCUGGAACGCCUGGUAGAGAGGGUAGAAGGGGUCGACCUGGAAGGGAUGGCGAAAGAGGUGUAAGUGGACCACCAGGAAUAAAAGGCGAACAGGGUACUCCUGGUCUUCCAGGAUUACCUGGCGAUAAGGGCGAAAGAGGACCUCCGGGUUCUAGCGGCGAACCUGGCCUACCAGGUCACGAAGGGAUGCAAGGCGAUGAUGGCCCUCCUGGCCUACUUGGCUUACCUGGCGAGAUGGGUCCUAGAGGAUUCAUAGGACCUCGAGGAUUCCCAGGAUUGCCGGGUAAUCCUGGAAUUCCUGGGAGCGAAGGUCCGUCUGGAGCAAAAGGCAACACCGGCCCACAGGGUGCACCAGGAGCUCCAGGACCAUUGGGGCCAUUAGGACCUGUCGGGCCACCUGGACCGCAAGGUCAUCUAGGACCAACUGGAUUGGUUGGACCACAAGGGAAGCCAGGAAUCCCUGGUCUUUCAGGGGCAGACGGGCCACCUGGUCAUCCGGGGAAUCCAGGAAUUCCUGGAAUGAAAGGUGAACAAGGACCGCAAGGACCACAAGGUGCAAUAGGUUUCCCCGGGGUUCGCGGCGUGAAAGGUGACGAAGGCAAGCGCGGAGCUGCUGGCGAGCGUGGAGAGAAAGGCGACAGAGGAGCAGACGGAGAGAAGGGUGAUGCAGGAGCAAAAGGAGAGCAGGGGUCGACCGGGCCACAUGGAAUUCCUGGGUUGGAAGGCUUGGAAGGUCUGAAAGGCUUCGAAGGUCCACGGGGUGAAGCGGGAUCAGUUGGUCCACCCGGCGAGAAAGGCAAACCUGGUUCCCCAGGGUUCAUUGGAUAUCCUGGAAAUGUUGGUGAGAAAGGUGACAAAGGUCAACCGGGGAGGCCGGGCCCUAGUGGGGACAAAGGAGAAAGGGGGAAUAACGGUGCGUUAGGAGAACGUGGCGAAGCUGGACCUAGAGGUUUUAGGGGUGUCCGUGGAAGACGAGGAGCAGAAGGCUUGCCUGGCCCAAAAGGCGAUACUGGACAGCCAGGUCCUCCAGGAUUGCAAGGAGAAUCUGGCCAACCUGGAGUCGAGGGUCCACGUGGCUUCGUAGGGCCUCAAGGUCAAGCUGGUUUCGACGGGAAAGAUGGGAUUCCUGGCCCAUCUGGCGAACGCGGACCAGUUGGUGAUUCAGGACCACCAGGAUCACCAGGAGCACCAGGGGUCAUAGGACCACAAGGUCCAGCUGGUGAACCUGGUCAGCCAGGGGAGCCUGGGAGUCCUGGAAGUCCUGGUGUUCCUGGAGAAACCGGUCCUCCAGGAGAACAAGGAAAGGAAGGACCACCUGGGCCAUCGGGUUUGCCCGGUAAAGAGGGCCCCCCUGGUCCUGGUGGAUUACCAGGAUUUCCUGGUGAACGGGGACAGAAUGGUCUACCGGGAAUGCCGGGUGCAAAGGGGGAACUGGGACUAUCAGGAUUUCAAGGCCCACCGGGCGAUAAAGGCGCCCAAGGAGAACCUGGAAAAGAUGGUAGUACUGGACCUCAAGGUACUCUGGGCCCGAAGGGACCACCGGGGCCCGCUGGCCUGAAAGGAGAAAGGGGUGAAUCAGGUCCACCAGGACCUACCGGGCGUGAUGGUUUACCAGGACAACGAGGAUUACCUGGUCCUCCAGGUCCUGUUGGUGUCCCUGGAGAAGACGGUGACAAGGGAGAUAUUGGCCCACCUGGUGAGAAGGGUUUUAAGGGAUCUCAAGGAGAAAUGGGCCCACCCGGACCGCCUGGACCACAAGGAAUACGAGGUGAACCUGGAUCGAUCGGUUCACCUGGUGAAAAGGGACCACCGGGAGAGCUUGGCAGACAAGGCCCGAAAGGUGAAGAUGGUCCUGUUGGCGCACCAGGUACACCUGGUCCAGUGGGACUACAAGGACUGCCUGGGCCAGCUGGAUUAAAAGGGGAAGUUGGGGAUACUGGUGUAGCCGGUUCUGCUGGGCCAACUGGAAUCCCGGGGGAACAAGGUCCAAGAGGAUCCAGAGGCUCUGAAGGUCCUCAAGGUCCUCCGGGACCGGAAGGUCGACAAGGAGAGAAAGGAGAAAGCGGUCUGCCAGGAUUGCCAGGUGCAAUAGGGCCAGAAGGAAAACCGGGUGAGAGAGGUCCUGCGGGACCUAAAGGAGAAGAAGGAAAAAGUGGACCGCCAGGACCUCCGGGUAUACGUGGAAUAAGCGGUCCAGAGGGGCCGAAAGGUCACGUGGGCCCAAUUGGUUUUCCUGGACCUCCUGGAGAGCCUGGGUUAGUUGGCCCAAAAGGGGAUCCCGGUAAAUACGGUGAAGAUGGUAAACCUGGUGAUGCAGGACUACCAGGAGAAAUUGGACCUCCAGGGAAAGAAGGGUUGCCAGGGCCACCCGGGAAACCGGGUCCAGAAGGUCCGGCGGGAAUGCAAGGAGGUCCAGGUUUGCCAGGUGAAAAAGGUGACAUGGGUUUACCUGGUGUAAAGGGACUACCAGGUCACACUGGACCUCAGGGUCUGCCAGGACCACAAGGUUUAUCUGGUUUAAGAGGUCUCCCUGGGCUCGCUGGAGAAAAUGGACCACCUGGUAUGGCAGGGCCAGUUGGAGCACCUGGAAAAGCUGGACCAGUCGGACCUAAAGGUCCAAAGGGUGACAGAGGCAAAAGGGGUCUUAAAGGACAUCGCGGAGACCUAGGCCAUUUAGGUAUCAAGGGCGAGCAAGGGGAAAAGGGAGAGCAAGGUCCUCGUGGAGCACCUGGACUCGAAGGACCUAAAGGAGUUCAAGGUCCGCUGGGAUUGUCUGGACCUAAAGGCAACGACGGCCCUCCAGGGCUUCCUGGCAUGGAAGGGCCAUCUGGACCUAAAGGUAAUGCUGGGAACGAUGGGCCAAAAGGUGAAACUGGUCUUCCGGGUCCUCCUGGCCCUCCUGGACCACCAUCGGAGCAACCAAUGAUUCCUCCAGAAUUAUUGUUUAGUAGGGAGCACUUAUUGAGAAGGAAACGUGACGUUUCGGAAAAUGUGGAUGUUAUUAACGAGAAAGAUAGGAGUUCAGAGAAUACACAUAAGGACGAUCUUACGGAAGAGGAGUUGGGGUCUAAUUUUUUGAACUUGUACAGUUCGAUAUACGCUAUGAGACAAGAAUUGGAUCUAAUACGUAAACCUGUUGGGAGCCGAGAAAAUCCUGUACGAACUUGCAGGGACUUGUUUUAUGGACAUCCUCAUUUUAAUGACGGCUGGUACUGGAUCGAUCCAAAUUUGGGAAUGGCCGACGACGCUGUAUAUGUUUACUGUAACAUGACGAAUAUGGGCGAAACCUGCGUGUUCCCUGACACUCACGUGAGUCCAAAACCGGCCAUUCCGUGGAGGAAAGAGGACAACGAAACGGACUGGUAUUCGAAUUUACGCGGUGGAUCUAAAAUCACAUACGAAACCAUCGGUGUGGUACAACUAAAUUUCCUGCGUCUGCUGAGCGAAGAUGCUUACCAAAAUUUCACUUACACCUGCACGAACAGCGUCGCCUGGUACAACGCUGCGGAUUCAAAUUACGACACCGCGCUGCGGUUACUCGGUUCGAACGAGGACGAAUUCUCAUACACCACUGUCAAGCCACAAAUCAUAAUGGACGGUUGUAAAACGCGCAAGAGCAAAGGGGAAACUGUAUUCUUAGUUCGAACGAAGAAUUUAGAACAAUUGCCGCUGAUUGAUUUUUACCCGAUCGAUUACGGUUCAUCCCAUCAGGCGUUCGGUUUUGCGUUUGGACCAGUUUGCUUCCGAUAGAUUUCGAAUAAUAAUCGAGUUCUCAUUGGCAAGACUGAAUUGUGACUAUACAUUGUGUCUUCCAUUAAUUUCCCAUUAUGACAGAGACAUCGAAAUAAUUAAUGCUUAAAUUAUUAACGACCUACAUCUUACAUAUACCGUUACGGGCGAAACGUAAUGAUGAUGAUACUCGCGAGGAGAAUGAUUUAAUUGUAAGGAGCACACUAGUGAGAAUGUUUAAGUAUUCUGUGAACUUACAGCUAUUCGGUUUACAUGCUUGAGGAAACGGAAAUGUGCCAUUCAGAACCUAAGUCGAAUAAGUAAGAUGAACAAUUUUAUUUAUAUUGUAUCUUGCUACAUUAAUCAGUUUCACUGCCAUUAUAAGUAUGUGAUGUCUACAUGAGAUUCUGUGUAGGCCGACUAUUUCAUAUGUUUAUAAAUAAAAUGCAAUAAUAAGAGUGA